AGUUGCGGCUUCAUGUCACACAUGCGUACGGACAAAGUGAAUGGCAGAAGUGACACCGAGGCGGCCAGAGAGAGAGAGAGAGAGAGAGGGGAAGAGUACCGGAGCUGAUCCACGGCAGCUGGGGAAAGUCCACGCGAGGGGAAAAGAAGAAGAGGGAGGAGAAGCGCGCGUGGAGAAGAUGAAGAUGAGAGCCGCGGGAGGCUGUAGUAACCCACCACCGGCGUCUCAGAGACCCAGGCUUUAAGGGACGCACGGGGAGUCACGGCACGUAGAAUUCGGGUCCGUGGAGAAAGUUCAGCGACUGUAUACAAUGGUUAUAAAUGGGUCUCACCUGAACAGCUCCUCGCCGGACCCCGCUGACGCCGUCCUGAACCGCCCGCCGUGGGUCACCACAACUUUGGGGUGCUUCCUCAUCUUCACCAUCGUUGUUGACAUCCUGGGCAACCUCCUGGUCAUCUUCUCCGUGUAUCGGAACAAGAAGCUCAGGAACGCAGGGAACAUCUUUGUGGUGAGCCUGGCAGUGGCAGACCUUGUGGUGGCCAUCUAUCCGUACCCUCUGGUCCUCACCUCCAUCUUUCACAAUGGCUGGAACCUGGGUUACGUCCACUGCCAGAUCAGUGGCUUCCUCAUGGGUGUCAGCGUCAUCGGCUCCAUCUUCAACAUCACUGGCAUUGCCAUAAACAGAUACUGUUAUAUCUGUCACAGCCUCAAGUAUGAUAAACUGUACAGUGACAAAAACUCUGUCUGCUAUGUGAUGCUAAUCUGGGCGCUGACUGUGGUGGCCAUCGUACCCAACCUGUUUGUGGGUUCACUUCAGUAUGACCCACGAGUUUACUCCUGCACCUUUGAACAGUCAGCCAGCUCAGCAUACACUAUCGCAGUGGUUUUCUUUCACUUUAUUUUACCCAUCAUGAUUGUCACCUACUGCUACCUGCGCAUUUGGAUACUGGUCAUACAGGUGAGGAGACGGGUCAAACCAGACAAUCGUCCCAAGCUAACGCCGCAUGACGUUAGAAACUUUGUCACCAUGUUUGUGGUGUUUGUGCUGUUUGCUGUUUGCUGGGCGCCCCUCAACUUCAUUGGUCUGGCAGUAGCGAUCAAACCAGAGGUAGUGGUACCCCUUAUCCCUGAGUGGUUAUUUGUGGCCAGCUACUUCAUGGCUUACUUCAACAGCUGCCUUAAUGCCAUUGUGUAUGGUGUGCUGAACCAGAACUUCCGGCGUGAGUACAAGCGCAUUGUAGUGUCAGUGUGCACGGCGCGCAUCUUCUUCCAGGACAGCUCUAACGAUGCAGGGGAGAGGCUUAAGAGUAAACCGUCACCGCUCAUGACCAACAAUAACCAGGUCAAGGUGGACUCUGUCUGAACCCAACCUCAGAAGAACACUGAGCGGACAUUAACGGAUAUGCUGUGACAGAGUAAAAAAAAAUGAAAAAAAAUGAAAAAAAGCUGAUUGAGAAAAAUACCAAAUAUAAAGCAGCUUCUAUUCUCUGAGCUGUCCACGGACUGACAUAUGGUGCUAUCUGACCUCUGAACAAUCACAGUAAAAACAGGGGUGCAUAUUAUCUUUGUCUUCUAUCAAGCACUUUUGUUUGCAGUACCUGUAGUACAGUAAAUAUAUGAUGUCCGUUUUGUUUUCAUGUUUACAGUGAUUAUAUAAAUGUAUCAUGGAUUAUAUAAGUAUUUAUUUUGUACGAAAUGUCAUGUAGUUAUAUAGUAUCAGACUCCAGUUAAAUGAAGACAUUUUAUCAGGCCAAUAAAACAUUUCUACAAAACUUGGUUGAAAAUAUAACCAGAGUUAACCAAUUUGAAUAACCUCAUUUGUGACACUGUAACACUAAUUGAGUGCAAGCAAUGUGGGUUGCUACUGUCUUAUUAUACCCUGCAAUACAUUAGGUGGAAUAUAUAUUUUAGACUCUCUUUCUCUCUCUCUCUCUGUCUCUCUCUCUCUCACCUUGUGAGCUCAUUAUAAUGUAUGCAUGGAUAUCAGGAAUUGUUCAUAUGCAAAAUAAAGUCUGGCAU